UCGCAUCCAUAAAAGCUAUCCCCUCCGCUUUUUGAUUUCCGACGGACGCCCACUGUGUGCAGUAAAAGUAGCAGCGUAAUAUCUUUCCCUCCCACUAAAAUAGAUCUACUAUUAUAUACAACAAAACAUGAAUUCAUUCCGACAAGUAUCGCAAUCGCUCUUGGCUCGGUCUAGAACGACGCCAUUCACAGCCGGCAUCUUGGCACAAAGACAGCAUUCAUCAUUCUUACAGCAGCAACCCAUCCGAUCCAUAUCUUCAUACCAUUUCGACACCUUUAAAUUCGUAGAACGAUUAGAAGCUGAAGGUUUCUCUCGAGAACAAAGCGAAGCUAUCAUGGCGUCGUUACGAGAAGUAAUAUCCGAAAGUAUGACGGAUGCAACCAAGGGGAUGGUUACCAAGGCUGAACAAGAAAAGACGGUAUAUACAUACAAGGUUGAUUUCGCUCACCUAAAGUCCGAGAUUCAACUGCUUGAAAAGAACGACUUCACGAUGAUGAGAGCAGAGAACGACCGAUUGUUAGGCGAGGUGGAAAAACUACGACAAAAGUUACGAGAAGAAAUCACACGUUCACAAGCAAACGUGCGAUUGGAUUUGCAUUUGGAAAAGGGGCGUAUUCGCGACGAGGCAAGUGCACAGGAAAUCAAGAUCAAGGAGACGGAUACCCGAAUAGAAAGUGAGAUUGCUGGGCUGCGAACACAAAUGGAAGCUAUCAAGUUCCAAAUUCUGCAGUAUAUGAUCGGUACCAUCACAGGUGCUGGAGCAUUGUUUCUGGCCUACCUUCGAAUGCUCCGCUGACCGUCUCGUUGUAUCCACUCUCUUGCUGUGCCUCCACAUCUUUCUCUUUCGCACGCUUCCCUUUGCAUUGUGCAUUCCAGAACCGUGAACCCACACGCGACGUCUUGUG